AUGUCUGCUUUAUUGAUUAUUGACGUCCAGAAUGACUUUUGCGAAAGGGGGUCUUUGGAAGUUUCUAACGCAAACGAAAUCAUCUCACUGCUCAAUGCUUUGAAAGAAUCUGAUAAAUUUUCACAUGUAUUUUUAAGUCAAGACUGACAUCCAGAAAAUCAUAUUUCCUUUCAAGUAAAUAACCCAGGCUCUGAGUUGUUUAAAGAAAAGCUUAUUGAAGAAACAGGAAUUCUCCAGAUGAUGUGGCCUGUACAUUGUGUUCAAAAUACUCCUGGAGCUGAAUUCCACCCUGGUCUAAAUAUAAAAGACACUGAUAUAAUUAUCAGAAAGGGCCAAAACCCUCAAUAUGACUCUUACUCUGCUUUUGGGUGUGUACAAGACAGAACAACUUUAUUAGAUGAAUUGUGGGCAAAAGGGAUUGAAAAAGUGUAUAUCACUGGGCUUGCUUUUGAUUAUUGUGUCGGCUAUACAGCUAUUGAUGCUGCAAACUAUGGUUUUGAAGUUCAUGUGAUUUCUGAAGCAACAAGAGCUGUGGCACCUGAAACUGCUGAAAAAGCUAGAAAGAUUUUUCAGGAAAAAAAUAUUACUAUAUCAAGACUGUCAGAGUUUCUUGAUAAUUAA